AUGGGCUCUGUACAAAGCGAGAGGAAACUCUCUCUUACGCGGUGGUAUAUAGACUCGCGCCAAUUGACAGCGACAAAUCCAUCCCUCCCAUUGUUGGAGACCCUCCAACCAUCGGACCAAGAGACAGUCAAGAAGUUCUACCACCUCAGGGACAGACACAUGUCCCUCGCCUCAAACCUGCUGAAAUACCUCUUCAUCCACCGCUCCUGCCGCAUCCCCUGGAACAAGAUCAGCAUCAGUCGCACACCAGAUCCUCACCGCCGACCAUGCUUCAUCCCCUCUCCCGCCCUAACGGAGGCCACCGACGAGCCCAUCCCCAGCAUCGAAUUCAACGUCAGCCACCAAGCAUCUCUCGUAGCCCUCGCAGGCACAAUCAUCCCACCGUCCCAUGGCGCAAGCACAACCCCCACUACGGUAUUCGCCAACCCCAGCCCAUCCUCGGUCCCAGCUCCCUCCGUCCCACAGGUAGGCAUAGACAUCACCUGCGUGAACGAGCGCCGCGCACGCACAAGCUCCGCCCCAUCAACCCGCAACCAACUAGCCGAAUACGUCGACAUCUUCGCGGAAGUCUUCUCCAGUCGCGAGCUGGACACAAUCAAGAACCUGGGCGGGAGAUUCCCGGCUGACGCACAGGACGGCGAAGCGGUGGAGUACGGCCUCCGCUUGUUCUACACGUACUGGGCUCUCAAGGAGGCGUAUAUCAAGAUGACUGGUGAGGCGCUUCUUGCGCCGUGGCUGCGGGAGCUGGAGUUUACGGAUGUUAUUGUGCCUGAGCCUGCUCCUGCGCCGGGGCAGGGCUCGGCGGGGGAUUGGGGCGAGCCGUACACUGGUAUCAAGACCUGGUUGUAUGGGAAAAGAGUGGAGGAUGUGCGGAUUGAGGUAGUCGCGUUUGAGAAGGGGUAUAUAUUUGCGACGGCGGCGCGGGGGGCCGGAUUGGGGGCCGAGAAUCGGCCAUUGCCCGGGGAUGCGGGCGUCGCUGUCUCGGUAGAUCCCUGGAUGCAUAUGGAGAAGAUCGAUAUCGACAGGGAUAUUGCACCUUGUGCGACGGGUGUCUGUCAGUGUACAAAGAAAUAG